GAAGAGCGCACCGCCACCAGUCGGUUCUUACGCCUGUCUAUUGUCGUGGACGGCUGCCACGACUAAGACACUCUGGAAAGUGUGUUUUGAUUGACCUGUGAAGUGGGAAGAGCACACUUUGCAGACCACCUCAACCUUUAGUCUGUUCUGCUCCCAGGUCAGGUUUGAAUCCUCACAGGUGUGGUCCCUCGGUGUGACAUUACCCGGCGGUCAUUAUGGUCGCAACCUUCUCGCCGCACCGCGAUGCGGGUGGCACAUUGCACCUGCCAUCCCAUGGUGGUAUUCACCACAUGGAUGCCAAUACCGCCAUUCGACAACUACGCCGGUCAUUAUCGCGCUCGCCCUCCAAGAACUCGAGCUUUUCGCUGCUAGCACCUCGGCAUCACUCACCGUCGAAACCAGCCCCUUUCAUCUCCUCACCUCUGUCGCCUUCACGGAGAUCUGCGCAGAGCAAUUUUGUACUCUUCCCUAGUUCAUCCCAUCAAUCGCCAUUUGCUGUACCAUAUCCCCCAAGUGCCAAAAUAACAAGACCUGUCAUGCGUCGCGUGCGCACUUCUCCUAGGAGUCCUGUCAAACGCGCAUUGAACAUUUCCACAGAUCACGGAAAUGCGAAACCGGCACAUUCAACCCCGACAACGCCUGGUGUGGAGAAUUCCCCCAACACGCCUGGGUUUGUUCUUCCGUUUAAUGCUAGCACCGCGGUUGAUGCACAUCCUAGUGGCACCCCCGUAUGCAUGGAGUCUACCCUGGCACCUCGACAGACACAUUCCCGCAUUGAGAAACGACGGAGCGGGACAUUUGGAUCGUACGCAGCCGUCAGCCCGCUGAAACGCAGCGACGGAAUCAUGAACCUGGAUCGCGCGUCCCGCGGUAGCCCUUCAGCAAAAAGACGCAGUGUUCAGGCCACGAGUCUUUCUAGCGAGUUUAACAUCUUUGAUAAUGAGGAUGUUUCUCAGAUCGAAGAAGAUCCUGAGGUCGAAUCGUCCCCUGAGUCUACCACGCCGCCUCUUCCAACAAGUACCACUCCAUUCAGCCCUUUCGCGACAAUUCCCAAAAGGUCAUCAUCUCUCCGUCGAUCUACACUUCAGCAACGACAAAGCGAUCGGUCGCUGAACCCUGCACGGCCCCGCAUGUCUCUAGACAACAACCUAUUUCAACCUCAUAGAGAGUCUCCUUUUGCCUCGCGAAGCGUGUCGGGCAGCUCGCUGUUCUCGUCAACAGGAGGUAAUCCCGGGCAAACUCGUCCUGCUGCCCACCCACUUUCAAGGACUAUCACACAGUCUUCAUCUGGCUCCAGCCUGGUUGACGACUCCCCAACACAUGAACCUAUCCACAAGCCCGAUCGCCCGAGGGGUGUAUUUGACUUUUCCAAGUCCCUUCCCGCGGGCAGCGCACGCCCUGUCCCGUUACGACAUCUCACUCGUGAGGAUUCGGCAUCAUCACUUGACUCGUUUGCAACACCCGAGAACUACAAAUUAGUCAAACCUCUUCCCGCUGCUUUCAUGUCCACUGGACUCAUUUCCAAGAAGAACCGCAAUGCAGAAGACCCUCAAAGUGGCCUUGGGCUCAGCAAAAACAUGCCAGAUACACCAUGCAAACGACCGAUAAACCUUUUCCCUAACUCCAAGCUCCAACCAGAGCGACUUUUGGAUAUGUCAGCCUCGGUUCGUCAGGCGGAGAUGGCACCACCUUCGCCGUUCAAUCCGCCUAGUGCCCGAGCGAAACCAGGGCCAAUCCAACGGGGCAUGGGGAUCUUCGGAACCUCAUUUAACAAACCUGAAGUGUCUCGUCGGGGUAGUUUUGCAAGUAUUGACGGGGAUGAUCUAUUUGCGUCUCAAUCACCUUCCAAUCGUCACAACAGUCAAUCUUAUUGCGAAGCAGACUUUCCUCCAACGCCUACAAAGCAGAACUUCUUUCCGUCUCGGACUUAUCCCCCUCCCAUCUCGCAGAUUGCGUCCUUAGAAAGGCUUGCAGAAGCCAAGGGGGCUAAUUCCAGCCCACUACACGACCGAUUCCAACGAGGGUCUCCUCAUACACCCCAAGAUCACCUGUUUCCUGACCCGAGUGGGCUAUCAAUUUCUAAUGAUCAGCAAUCAAGCAAACUCGAUUUCAACUCCCCUAACCUUCCGGCAACUCCCACUGGUCCUCGUGACUCAUUUCAAUCAGGAAAACGUCCUAGCCUUCCAUUGACUGGUUACCAUGUUCCAGACGUGGAUCCAAGCUUGACAUCACGUUUCGAACGAGUGGAGCUCGUUGGUACAGGAGAAUUCUCCCAAGUCUACCGAGUUGCGGAACCCCAGGAAACACCAGUAUUACCAUCUUUCUCGGAGGGAACCAUUACUCCCAAAGCCCAUACCGAGCAAGUUUGGGCCGUGAAAAAAUCAAAACAGCCAUACUCUGGGCCGAAGGAUCGUGAACGCCGCAUACGUGAAGUCGACAUUCUCAAGUCACUGACGAACUCGGAUCACAUCAUCUCUUUCUUGGACAGCUGGGAAGAUAAUGGCCACCUGUAUAUUCAAACAGAAUUCUGCGAGGGAGGCAGCUUGGAUGUGUUCCUUGCUCAAGCGGGAUUGAAGGCCCGGUUAGAUGAUUUCCGGAUUUGGAAGAUCUUGCUUGAAUUGUCAAUGGGCCUGCGACACAUCCAUGAAAUGGGUUUCAUCCAUCUCGACCUGAAGCCUGCAAAUAUCCUGAUCACAUUCGAGGGAGUAUUGAAGAUCGCUGAUUUUGGCAUGGCGGCACGUUGGCCGGCAGAAAAUGGAAUUGAAGGCGAAGGUGAUCGCGAAUAUAUUGGUCCCGAGAUUUUAAUGGGUCGCUUUGACAAGCCGGCGGACAUUUUCUCCCUCGGCUUGAUUAUGUUCGAGAUCGCUGGAAACGUUGAAUUGCCCGACAAUGGACUCUCGUGGCAGAAGCUGCGGAACGGCGACAUGAGUGAUAUUCCCAGCUUGACAUUCAGCUUCGACACAAGCAUCUUUCGCGAUGCGUUUGGCAAUCCCAUCUCAGAGGAGCCGUCGUUUGAGGAACUUUGUGCAUCCGACUUUGGAGAUGACGAUUUAGGAAUGGGCAGCUUUCUCGGAGGUCGCAAAUCUAGUGAUCGGAACGCGGUUCCUCUAGCCCGAUCAGGCGAGCUUAUCGAUCCUCCUGACUUCAUGGUCAAUGCCAGCCAUGAACAAGCCUUAGAUAAGAUCGUGCGAUGGAUGAUCUCACCGGACCCGCUUGAUCGUCCAACAGCAGGGCAAGUCCUGGAGACCUACGGAGUUCAGUUCGUCGCUGGCCGACGCCGGGCUGGAGCUACCGUCUUUGAAGGUAACUGGGGUCCCGCCGACGAGGUCCUCGCUGAAGACGCAGAGAUGAUCGAUGUUUGACCGGUACGAAUUGACAUAUCUAUUGCAUUUUCGACGGAGUUGGUGCUUUCCUUUACAAUACCAUCUAAUGACGGCGUUCUAUGUGAGACUCCGAACCAUCAAUCUUAAUGUCCAUGUGACUGUCUCGACCACCAUGCUACGAUCAAGAUUCCCACCUGACCAUCUCAUAUAAACCUAGCAAUGUUGCUACGACCAAAGAACAUGCCCUGAUUCUUUGAGCGGUGGUUGUCCACUCAUUCAAUUUCCCGAUAUUUCUUUUGUUUCAGGGGCGGCCGAUUGGUGAGGUUCCGACUUCUCACACAUUGCCA